AUCAGCAUAGAAGAUGUUGAGCAUGUGUUGGGCUUGCCGAGGGGAAAUAUUAAGAUAAGUAACAAAGCAAGGAGUGAGAAAUGUAGCUUGGUUGAGGAGUGGAGAGCAGAAUUUGGCAAGAAGGAUAAUAGGAUAACGCCGUUGGAGUUGGGUCAGAAGCUGUUGACAUACGAGGAGGGUGGGGUGUGGUUUGUUCGCCAUUUUGUGUUGUUGGUAGUGGCACUUCUCGUAGAUACUCCAAGCCAUGGUUACGUUAACCCUGCUGUGUUGAAGAACAUAGCUAACAUUGAUUCAGUAAUGAGAUUGAAUUGGUGUGAAUAUGUGCACAGGACAUUGAUAGACAGUGCAAUCAGAUGGGAGGAUGGAAAGAGUAAAUACUUCACAGGACCAUUCAUGUUUCUGAUGGUUUUCUAUGUUGAUAGGGUGGUUCUUUACAAUAGGGAUGUGGAGAGGACAGCACCUGCUUUUGUUGGCUGGACAUCAAAGAUACUUAGGGAUAGAGAGAAUAAAGAAGUGAAGGCUGGUGGAUUUGGUUUGGGAUUUGACGAUGGAAAGUAUGUGUGUGAGAAAUCUGUAGCUGAGGAAAACAACGCGGAUGACAAUGCAAAGGGGGCAGAAGGCAUUGAGGUUCGAGGAGAGAAAGAUUCUAUUUUGAGAGAAGGCACUCAGCAGACUGAGAUGCGAGAUGAGGAUGGUGAUGUCUUGAAGUUUGCAGAAAAGGGUAAGAUGCUGGCAAAGACAGUCGUGGAGUUAGUGUCGUUAAUGGAGGGUGCACCAGCUGAGGCGAUGAAGAACGAUGUUUAUGUGGAAUUGCAGAUUGCUGCUGGAAGGUUACUGGGAUUAGUGAAUAAAAAU